CAACAAGUUAUCGAUACUUGCUUUAAAGAAAUAACUAGACAAAAACAAUCAAUGCAUAUACUGCAUAUUAUUUUUUUUCCAUCCGCUGUAUUUACAUUUUUUGCGCAACGUAGAUAGUUAAAAAUUUGAAAAAAAAAGAGUGCAAGUGCGUGGAAAUUAUAACAAUUAAACGGCACAUUAAUGAAGCACCGACGCAAACACCAGCUGAGCCAAAAAUAGGCGAAAAAGAGAAAAGGAAAAAGAAAAGAAAAAUAUUUGAUUGAAUUUGUUUUGUUUUCGUGCUGUGGCUGUUGCACCUGUACAAAGCCCUAAUUUAAUCGACUAUAUUCGUAGCCAAACUGCGAUCGUAGCUAGCGUCUGUGAGCUACAGGCGGCGGCGGCGGGUGGGAGGUGGUCGAAGAGUUUUCCGUUGUUGUUAUUGUUGUUGUUGUUGCUACUGCUGUUCAGCUUAUUGCAAUGGCAACAAUGGACGACAGCAGCAGCGGACGCACCUCGUUAGCAGAUAGCGCCAGUCUGGCAACAGCAUCACUGCAGAACGGCAGCUCAAGCCAAAAUAUUGAAAACGAUGGCCUUAUCCACGUCUACAACUAUCGCAAGGGCGACUACGAGACGUUCUCACCACCGCUCCACUGCGAGGAGAUAUGCACCAAAAUGUGCCGCCAUAUGGACAUAUUGCCCACGGCAGUAUUGCUGUUCGGCAUACGUGAGCAUAGCAACAACAACGACACACCCGCAGAUAAAGUAAAGCACAAAUGGCAGCUGCCAGGCGAGCUGCUCAAUUGCAAUGUCCGCUACUGUUUUCGUAUGCGUUUCCGUAUCCCAGAACUGGACAGACAACUGACGGUAAUCGAUGUGCACUGCCAUAAGUAUUUGUACCAUCAGAUGCGCUAUGAUAUGCUGCAUGAGGAGAUCACCGAGAUACGCUAUCCGGAGCACAAGGACAAGGUCAUGGGCCUCGCCGUUAUGGACAUGCUAAUCGAUAAGGAGGAACAGCAGCUCAGAUCCCAGGAUGUCGAAAAGGCAUACAAAAGCUAUUUGCCGCGCAGUCUGUGGCGUGCGCAUCGCAUCUUUGUGCGCUCCAAAAUACGCAGCACCUUUCGCCGCCUGAGCAACGAUCCGCCGAAUGUUGAUAGCCUCAAAUGGCAUUAUGUGCAUCAAAUUUGCCAUCUGGCGCCCACCUAUCUGACGGAACAGUUUAAGGCAACGGUCGAGUAUUUUCCCAACGAAUCGACAACGGAGCCGCCGACGCAUGGCAACGGCAGCAUCGGCAGUUCAACGCAUACGUCAACCGCAACGCUAGUCACCGGCUCCAAUACGACUCUCUCAACCACAAUUACUGGGCCGGGCAAUCAGCGCAACGACAGCGGCAGCGACACACACACUCUACGUGGCAGACAGCAUCCGUUGCAGCCAAGUCGACACAGAUCAUCACACCAGCAGCUGCCCAACUCGAUACCCGUCUAUGUGAGACUCUGGCACCACGACUCACCCGAACCGGGCUUGAAGGUGGCGCGCGUUACAUCCGAGGCCACUCUGAAGUGGAGUCUGGUGGCCGUUGUCGAGGACAUUUUCUCGCUGUACAAGGAAAGCGAACAGCUUGUGCGCUUGGAAAUCGUUGGCUUUCCCAAAGGUUAUCACAUGCGUUUCGAGGCGGAGCAUGAAAUGAACUCUUUCAUAUCAUAUUUGGGCAUUUACAUUAGAUUAACUGUGAAAUGGAUGCAGGACUUGUGUCCGUCCUAUAAGACACCCUCGCUAGAGGAAUUGGAUCGUUUAUACUGCCAUGGACCCAUCGGCGGUGGAUACUCGUUUAUGAAACUGCACGAUAAUGGCGACAAAUGCGGCAGUUAUAUAGUACGACAGUGCGAUCGAGAGUAUAACACAUAUUAUAUUGAUAUCAAUACAAGAAUCGUGGCGAAAAACAGCGAUCACGAACGCUGCCAAACGGAAACGUUUAAGAUUAUACGCAAGGAUAAACAAUGGAAGCUGGCAUACAAGAGCAACGAGCACUAUUUCGAUCAGCUAUCAGAGCUGGCGCAAUUUAUACACACCGAUAGCCCCGAUCGUAUACGAAUACCGGCUUCGAAAUACGAUAAGCCACCGCUACUGCUGCUCUGUUUGCCAAAAAAUUUGAAAACCAAAAAGACUGAAGCGGAAUUGAGUGAAGCGGAAUUACAGCGUCGUAAUCCGCAGAUAUUCAAUCCAAAAACUGACCUACAAUGGUACAGAGACUCGAUUAAUCACAGCGAUGAUGACAAGAUGUUCACAAUGCGCGGCGACUGGAUACAGCAGGGCUCGUUCAAGGAUGUGCCAGUCACAAUGAAAAUGUUAAAGUACGACGCGAACUUUGAGGAGUUCAUGCAGCUGGCUCAAACCUGGAGCUUGAUACAGUCGCCUCAGUUCAUAAAACUGUAUGGCCUAACCCUGUCUGUGCCAUAUACCAUGGUCAUGGAGUACUCGAAAUACGGACCACUAAAUAAGUUUUUGCAAAUGAAUCCGAACAUUAGCAUGUACUGCCUGCUGGACGUGAUGCAUGGCCUGGUUCGUGGCAUGCACUAUCUGGAGGAUAAUAAGAUUAUACACAGCUAUAUACGCUGUGCCAAUUUGUACGUUACCAAAUACAACUCCGAGAAGUAUGUACUCGAUGCCAAAAUCAGCGAUCCAGGCUAUCCGCGGCCGUACAAGCAAUCCGACUCACCUUGGAUACCGAUCAAGUACUACAACAACUUGGAGGGUGCCAAGCAGGAUUCUAGCACUCAGCUGUGGGCAUUUGCGACCACCAUCUACGAAAUAUUCUCGCGUGGCCAGCAGGCACUGGAUCAGCUGAAGCAGCGCGAUCUCAUACGCCAUCGAUCCAUUGAUGGUGGCAUACUGGCGCCACUAGAUCAGCGCCGGUGUCCGCCAGAAAUGUACAACACCAUUAUGGAUGGCUGGAGCGAUGAUCCGGACAAGCGAUUCAGUCAUCACGAUAUUUUCACUCGGCUGAAUACUGUCAAAAACCGCCUGCAACGCAACUACGAUGUGCCUGACACUGAAAUGGAGUCGUUCGACUACUCCGAUGGCUAUGGCUAUGGCAUGGCCAAUGGCCGACACCAUUCGCCCGACACGGACAGCCUGACGCUGUGCAAUGGAGCCGUUGGCUUAAGCAGUGAAUUCUUUGCCAAUUCGCAUGAUUUGCCGCUGGUAAUACAGUUGUACGACUGCAAGGUUAUCUAUUGUGAGAAACACAAAAUUGGCCAGGGACACUAUGGCACCGUUUACAGAGGCGAACUCGAAUAUCAUGACAAGGAUCGACCCAAGGAGCAGGUGGCCAUCAAGAAGCUCAAAACUGUGCAGGUCACCAAUGAUUUUCUGCGCGAAAUCGACAUCAUGCGCAAGCUAGACCAUCCAAAUGUAGUGAAGUUCAAAUAUUGGGCCGAAAAGUCGCUCAGCAUCAUAAUGGAGUACUUCGAAUUUGGCUCGUUCAUUGUGUACUUGAGUUCUCGAAAACCCAGUCUCACCAAUGCCCGCCUCCUAACCUUUGCCCUGGACAUAGCCCACGGCAUGAACUAUUUAUCUGGAAAGGGCCUAAUACAUCGAGACCUGGCAGCACGCAACAUUCUAGUCGAUCGUUCAUGUGUAAAAAUCUCAGAUUUUGGCCUGGCGCAGUUCGCCAAUGCCGAUGGCUACUAUUACGGCAUCAGCCAGCGGGAUAUACCAAUCAAAUGGUACUCGCCGGAAGCUAUUGAAACCUGCAAAUUCUCAUCGUAUUCAGAUGUUUGGAGCUACGGCGUAACGCUUUUCGAAAUGUUCUCACGUGGCGAAAUACCAAAUCUGUUACCGGGACAUGAUUUGACACAGGAAGAGUUCCUAAAUCGUCUGCGACAGGGAGAACGUUUACCUAAGCCGGAGCUAUGUUCGGACUUCGUUUACAAUGAGCUGAUGCGUCCUUGUUGGCAUGAGACGCCCAAAUCGCGUCCGUCAUUUCAACAAAUUAUACAAAUCAUAACACGUGAGACUGGCGACAAUAUUGCUUCUGCAACAGGCAAUCAGCAGCAACAGCAGCAACAGCAACAACAGCAACAGCAGCAGCAUCAACAGCAUCAGCAGCCGCAACAAUCACUCAACAGAAGUAUAACGUUAGAGAACGAAUGACAUGAAUCAUUAGCAGAAGCGGGCGAGCAGAUAAUAUAAACGGGCAUAUGAUCUAUAUAAAGAAAGUGCCCCAUUCUGGUCCAAAAAUCAUUAAAAGAUAUUGGAAAGGGUGUGUUCUAUAUGACAGCAGCAUUGAAAUUGCAUUGUUAAUGUUUUCUUUUAUCAUUAUAAGUUGUUAUUAUUUUUAUCUUAACUACUUUAACACACACAUACACCUACUACAUACACUCACACAUAGGCGUUUUUAAAACGUCGGACGCACGUGCUUUACAGCAACAAAGUUUCAUUUGAACUUAAGCUAUAUUAAUAUAUAUCAUCAUUAUAUAUAUAUAUUUAUAUAUAACGAUAUUUAUAUAUAUAUUCUGUAUUUUAGCACCAUUCACCCGCAUCGAAUGAUGUCUUUUCUUUUUCUUACAAUUUCCUUUCUAUUUCUCUGAGUAGCAAUCAUUCUACGAUUCUCAUUUUAGUUUGUUAAACAUUUAGACAAGAUUGUUAAAUUUUGCUUAGCUUGAUAUACAUAUAUAUAUAAUUAAAAUGUACAAAAGUGGAAUAUGCGCUGUAUGUGGGGCCCACUUAUAUAUGUUUCAAUCUAAUCAAGCAAAUAUAUAAAAACGUAUUUUAUGUAAAAUUUACUCAACAAAUAUCUGUGCACAUAUAGUUAAUGUAUAUGUUUAUGUAUAUUAUGUAUAAAAUAAACACAAAAA